AUGGCGGAUAUUAAAGAUGAUAAUGCAAACGAAACAUCGCCAAAUGGUCAGCCAACUUCAAAAGAUACAGAUAGUGAUGAGUAUUUUGGUCAAGUGAGAGAUAAACCUUUAGAAGAGAACCUGUCAGUUCAUGCCAAAUUAUAUCAACGAUUGACUUGUAAAUUAAUACCACCACUUCAUCAGUCAAUUCAUAACUUCUAUACAGAUUCAAAUGCUACCAUUCCCUCAAUUGAAAAUAGCGAAGAAUCCGAGGGCACCAAACACCUUGAGGUAGAUGAUGAUGUAGCCAACACUGAUGAUAUCAUGAAACCACAAAAGAACUUGUUGGAUAUCAUUGCAUCGUCACAAAUUUAUUCAGAUGUGUUCAAUUUUGUUAAUCAAAGAAGUAGAAGUGAUUCAAAGGCCUCGAAGCUUUCAUCAAAUUCCCGUAAAAGUGAGCCUCGAGCUUUGGGUUAUGGUAUAGUUGAUUAUUCGAGUGAUGAAGAAAGUGGACAUGAAGAUACCGAAGAUGAAAAUCUUGCUGGUAAGAUGUUUGGAUCUCAUGAUUCUCCCUACGAUUCUCAUCAUGAAUCGGGUGAAGAUCAAUCAGCAAAUGAUUCAGAUGAAUUUCAAGAUGCUGAAGAUAACACCGAUAGUUUCAGUAAAGAUGAAGCAACUUUGACCACUGGUGUAAUGCAACAAUCGGAAACAACAUCGGAUUUGAUGAAUAAUUUGAAUAUUGAUGAUGAUGAACCUAUAAAUUAUGACGAACUUACUCCUUUCCAGCAAUCAAUAAUUAAGAAUUUAGAAUUCCAUUAUGAUGGUGGUGUCCUCAUGAAACAAAAGUUCAAAUCGGAUUUCGAAAGUCUUGAUAAUGUCAAUGAUGAUAAGGCCUUGAAAGUGAAAUUAAGAAUCGCUGAAAGAUUACAAAAAGUUUUCAAAAUCAACGAUGAUGAUUGUUUCUAUUCUGGAUAUAGUACUUGGUUAGUAAGGGACGUCUUCUUACAAGGACAUAUCUAUUUAACUCGUGAUAGUUUAUUGUAUUUUGCAUUCUUGCCUGACAAAAAUUCCGAUAAGGAGUUUAGUAGUGAAGAUGGUGAGUUCAGUAAACAUGAUGAUUCAAAUUUUUAUAUUCAAGCUGGAGCUUUAACCAUGAAGACUAAGAAAUACGGUGAAAUAUUGAGUACGGUACUCACAACUAGGUUCUGGGCCAUUUUAAGAAAUGAGACCUUGUCGAUAUAUUCCAAUGCUACUGAUUUGUAUUUUCCCAAUUUGGUAAUUGAUUUAAGAACUUGUACCAAAGUUGAAAUUUUGGAUAAAUAUCAACCUAAUGUUGAAGUUUCAACACCAAAUAUUAAAAACAACAAACCUAUUGAUAGUCCGGGUAUACAAUCACCAAGAGAAGCUAUGUCCAGGCGGAAUUCAAACGAAGAUCUAAUGAAUGAAGAAGAGGAGCUCACUAAAAUGUUAGCUCAAGAAGCAGAAGAAAAUAAGGAUAGUGUAAGUGGAGGCGUUUGGUUCAAGAUUACUACCAAUAAAAAGUCCUAUAAAUUCCAAACAGACAACAUGUUCUCUGCUAGAGAAUGGGUGAAUAACAUCACCAAGUUAAUGUUCCAAAUUCAUAACUCAAACUCCAGAAAUGAAGUGUUGAUCAAAAUUCCUUUUGACAAAAUCUUGAAAUACGACCGUAGAAAUAUGUUUUCCAGUAAUGAUUCUAAAUUCGAUGAUGACUUACCAUCAUCAUUUUGUGUCAUAUAUAAAGGAUCUGAGUCUCCGCUAAAUAAGGUUUAUCAAAAAUUCAAUGAAAAGACUAAAAGUAAAAUGGGAAUAGCUCCAGAGAUUGACAUGUUAAUUUUUGCUUUCUUUGCUAAGAGUGAUCAAUUCUAUGAAGCAUUCACCAAAGUUUUGAAAGAUCGUGAAGCCAGCGACUCACUCUCAACUACCAGUUCACAGUCAUCAAAAAAUGACACUUCAAGUGUCGUCUCCCCAGUCAAUGCCGCUUCCAAAUUGAUGUCAAAGAUAAGGAGGAAGAAGUAUCCGGAUUAUAACGAAGUCAUUUCUACAUUGACUCAUGGUGGAAAUUCAUCCAAUAUCGUUAACCAAAUCACUUCAGUCAAUAAAGAAUUGAGUGAUUUCAAUAUGUUAAGUAACAAUGUUGAAAGUAGUUCAAAACUCAAGAAGAUCAGUAAAUCCAUAUCAUCGAAAGUCUUCACUUCGAGAAAUAAGAGCAAUCAUUCUCCCACCAAUAUGUAUCAAGACUUAUCUUCAGGUAGCUUGACAGCUUCUUCUACAUUGGUGACACCACUUCUUGAUUCAUCCACAAAUAGUUUAAGUUCUUCACCCAGUACUUCUCAUUUGGUUUCCCCCACAGAACUGAUGCAUGGAGAAUCGAUUUCUCCCAAUAAUUUGAACUUACCUCGUCAGUUAUCUUUGACAGGAUUGAAGAACUUGAACAUGUCCUUUGAAACUUCCAAGAAAAAACUUCAGGUUGCUGAACAAAGGUAUGAAGAUACUUUGAGAGAAGAGAAGAAAAUGGGCGAUGUUACUACAGAUUCCAAAGGUGAGACCGUUCCUCUCGACAUCGGUUUGCAAUUGAAAUCACCCCUUCCUGUUACGCCUAUUCUUCCUGGUCCUUUGAACUUAACUGAUCCUUCUGAUUACAAAGAACUGGACCUGAAGAAAGAGAAUAAGUUGAAAUAUCUUGGUAAAAGUGUCAAAAGUUUGGGCCAUGUCAGUUCCAUGUGGAAUGCCAACCCUAACCAUUAUAUCAAAUUGGAGGAAAACGAUCCAUUCUUCAUUGAAGACGCAUCAGCAAGAGAAGUGGGAGAUAAACAUUUCAGAUCCCAUUUCUCCUUGCCCGAUAACAGUAAACUUGCAGCCAGUUACUUCUGUCACUUUCAAAGGGCUUUGCCUGUUUAUGGUAAACUAUAUGUUGGUGACGAGAUGGUUUGUUUCAGAAGUCUCUUACCUGGAGUAUCAACAAAAAUGAUCCUACCAUUAAGAGAUGUUGAAAAUUGUUAUAAAUCCAAAGCUACGAAAAUUACUUACUCCUGUUUGGUGAUUGUGUUGAAAGGUCGUGAUAAAUUGGUAGUGGAAUUCAGUAAUCAGAAAUCUCGUGAUGAUUGUUCAGAUACAAUUCUAGAAAUGUUACACUUGUACCAUGGGUCAGAAACUUGGGAACCUAUGGCACAUGAAUGGGGUAUUAAUUAUGAUUUGGAAUUAGGGAAACAACGUUUAGACAAUGAUCACCAGUUCGGAUUAAGUUUCAAACCUUCUGAUGAAACAUUGAGACAAGCUUCUUUGAGAAUUGAAAGUGCUAGAGUGAAGUUGUUUGAAGAUAGAUUCAACGCAGCUGCUGGUAUCCAAGUUCCAAUCGUUUUGGAGGAUUCUCCAUUCACUAAAACCGAAAUUAGACCAUCGACGUCAUACAAUUUUGUAUUAUUGACUAUCGGAUCUCGAGGAGAUGUUCAACCGUAUAUUGCCUUGGCCAAGGGACUCAUGAAAGAAGGGCAUAAUGUCACUAUAGCCACACAUUCUGAAUUUCAAGAAUGGGUGGAAAAACAUGGAAUAAACUUCAAAGAAAUAGCCGGGGAUCCAACAGAAUUGAUGUCAUUAAUGGUGAGUCACGGUUCAAUGUCAGUAGCCUUUAUUAAGGAAGCCAGUGUAAAAUUCAAAGGUUGGAUCAGUGAAUUGCUAGCCACUUCAUGGCAAGCAUGCCAAGGAGCUGAUAUUUUAAUCGAAAGUCCAUCUGCUAUGGGUGGUGUUCAUAUAGCCGAAGCUUUAGGUAUCCCUUACAUGAGGGCUUUCACAAUGCCUUGGACAAGAACCAGAGCUUAUUCACAUGCUUUCAUCUUACCUGAUCAGAAAAAAGGGGGUUCUUAUAACUAUUUGACUCACGUCAUGUUUGAGAAUGUCUUCUGGAAAGGAAUCUCCUCUCAAGUGAACAAAUGGAGGGUUCAACUGUUGAAUUUACCCAAAACCAACCUUUUCAAAUUACAACAAGGUAAAGUUCCUUUCUUGUAUAAUGUGUCACAGGCAGUUUUACCACCGGCUGUUGAUUUCCCUGAUUGGGUUAAAGUCACUGGUUAUUGGUUUUUAGAUGAAGGAGGGAAUGAAAGAUAUAAGCCACCUCCAGAAUUGGUGAAAUUCAUUGAACGGGCUAGUAUUGAUCAAAAGAAAAUCGUUUACAUUGGAUUCGGAUCCAUUGUGGUGAGCGAUGCCAAGAGUUUGACUGAAGCUGUUAUAGAAGCGGUUCAAGAGGCCGAUGUUAGAUGUAUUUUGAAUAAAGGAUGGUCGGACAGAUUAAGUAAAGAUAAAAAUGAACUUGAACUUGAACUACCACCAGAAAUUUAUAAUAGUGGAGCAAUACCUCAUGAUUGGUUAUUCCCUAGAAUCGAUGCUGCUGUGCAUCAUGGUGGUUCAGGUACUACAGGAGCUACUUUGAGAAGUGGAUUACCCACCAUUAUAAAACCAUUCUUUGGUGAUCAGUUCUUUUAUGCGUCAAGGGUUGAAGAAAUCGGUGUAGGAAUUUCAUUAAGGAAGUUGAAUUCCAAAUCCUUGAGUAAAGCUUUAUUGACAGCCACCACUGAUAUUAAAAUGAUUGAGAAGGCUAAGAAAGUAAGUGAGCAAAUAUGUAAUGAAUUUGGAGUUUUAUCUGCCAUUGAAGCAAUUUAUUCCGAGUUGGAGUAUGCCAGAUCACUCAUUAUCAAUAAGCAAUUAGCAAACGAAAAGUCCAGAUUAUCUGGAUAUAAAUCCGGUACCCAAACACCUCAAGUUCCUACUGAUCUUGAUAUGGAUACUGAAAGUGAUAGUGAUCUUGAUGAUGACUUAUCACCUCCUGAUUCAAAUGUUCUACGUGAAACUGACUUCAAAACGGUUUCUCCUGAACCUCUUGGAUCUACUUUUUCAGCUACUUAG